CGUGGUCGAGAGUUUGGUAUUAUUACUCUACAAAAGCUGUUCGUAGUAAUCAAAGAGGGCUGGAAGAUUGUAAUAUUAUACUUUAGAAAAAAAAGAAAGAUGGCAAAUUACUCCGUAGUAGAGUUUGAGGAUGGCCUACACUUAGUGCCAACACUGUGGUUGAACAAAGACAAAACCUCAUGCUGCUGGCCAAGUCAUUUCCGAAAUCAAUAUGAUGUGAAUAAGGCUGUUAUUCGUUCAAUUAUACCCAACGAUGGUGGCAAAGACUGGGAGUAUUUCAACGUCAAAAGAAUAUUUAGCACUGCAGAUAGCUACGAGAAAGGGAUGGAGAAGUUGUGCUUAGCUGAAGAGACCUCAAAUAUGGAGGAAACCGCUUCGUCGAACGAUGAAGCCGAAGCUAUUCAAGCAAAGAAAAGAAGGCGAGAAAAGGCUAAAAAGCAUUUCAGUUCGUCAGAUUCAGAGAUCUGCGAAGAACAAAGACAGAGCAAACUACAACCAUUUCCCCCAGUCCCACAGUUUUACGAAAGUCGGAGCAAAACUGGCAGCACUGAAAGAAAACACCACGCCAAUCAUGGGUCUUCAUCUUCACAGAAAGAUAAUCGCGCUUCAACCGAACUUGAACGAAGUAUUACAGGUUUAGGCGAACCUCCGCUAAGGAGGGGUUACGAAAUCAGCAGCUCUGAAGGAAGACAUGACUCCAAUCGUGGAACUUUAUCUUUACAGAAAAAGAAUCGUGCCUUCAACGAGCUCGAACGGAGUUUCACAGAGCUUAAUGACUCUUUGACAAAAUCAGCAAAUCAUGGUACAAACCAACGUAAGUCGUCACAACCUUUGCCCCCGUCACAUACUUCAAAGACAAAAAUUCCAGAAGAUGAUGUUACUGAACUAACGACGCAUAAAGGACUACACAAGACGCGAGAUGAUCCAAAUGACGUUUUUACAACUGAAGGCUUUAUGAAACUAAUGUUGUCGAAACUCAACAAACUGCUACACUAUGUGAAAGAGUUAGAUGAAAAACUGGUUGUGUUGGAUGAGCGUAGCCAUAAUUUACACCUUGCGGAAUUCGAUUCAGAAGAUGAGGAGGACCUUGGUCUGCCGUUACGAGACGUUGCCGAACUUACCAGAUUCGAUGAAAAACUGAAAAAUGCGACGUUCUGUGCUAAGAUGAUUCAAUGGUUGAAAAGAUUCGGUGGGACGGAUGCCAAUGCAAGUACGUCCAAAAUGCUUGGAAAAUUGAUGUCAAACCCACUAGCUCAGCAAUACAGUUGGGCUGGAUUUAAAGGGAAAAAAAUUUUCAAAGAGUUACGAUUGGUCCGGCUUGUGAUGUUACGUAUAAGAGUGCCAGGAGCAUCAGAUGUAAUAUUCGCGGAGAUAAUAAGUAAGUGGCUUGCUCAAGCGAAACUGAGAAAUAUGAGGGAUGUAGCCAAAACUACAAAACAGAAUAAAUCUGCUGCAACAAAAGCUGUAAACCGUACUAAGGAAGCUGCAAACGGUGAAAACCGUCUUAAGGAAACUGCAAGCGCUGAGAACCGUACUAAGGUAGCUGCUACUGCAGAAAACCGUACUGAGGAGGCUGUAAGUUCUGAAGAAGAUACAGCCACAAAUUCUGAGUAA